AACGGAGCGGUUACUCAAAGAACUCGUUCUGCUCCUGAAGUAGUAGUCACGAGUCACGAGUUCGUGUCAUCGCGAACAACGCACGAAAAGUCCUAUAACUUCGCGCGUUUAGGAGUCGAGCCCGCUUGCUCUUGCUCCUUUUUCUAACGCGUUGUUGGUGUUAAAGGAAAACCAAAACUAAAACUUAAACGGAGAAACAACAUAGAAGACAGAUUUGAGAGAAAAACGGAUGCAAAUUGAGCACUACUUUUACCAUGGACUAUAUUGAUCCAAGCUACACGUUAAUACGUGCAGUUCGUGAAGGAAACCUAGAAAGAGCAAGGGAGAUACUUACUUAUUUUGGACUAUCUUAUUCACAAGCAUGGAAAGGAGGAUAUGUUUUACUUUGUGAUGCUAUUGAGAAUAGGCAUACAGAAAUUGUUAAACUACUUUUAACAAACGGUUCUAAAGUUAACAGCAACACUGCCAAAUUUGAUAAUGACGAUCAUGAUACUCCACUUCAUCUUGCUGUUAAAAAUGAUGACAUAGAAAUUGUUAAGAUGCUUCUAGACAGACAUGCUGCCGUUAAUUCUUCAACUAGAUGUAACACCGCUGCGUCUCGCUGUUCACACAGGAUUUGUAGAUGGUGUUAAGAUGUUUAUGGACCAAGGUGUUGAUGUUAAUAUUGAAAAUUGGUAUGGCAGAACUUUGCUCCACGAUGCGAUCGAAUGUGACGAAAUAGAGAUUGCCGAAAUACUUUUAAAUCAUGGAGCUAACGUUGAUGCCCGUGAUAUAGACGCUUUUACACCACUGUUUCUUGCUGUUCAAUACGGACAUGUAGAUGGUGUUACCAUGCUUAUUGACCGAGGUGCUAACGUGAAUGCUGAGACUCCAGAUGGAACAACUCCAAUUCACGAAGCGGCUAAAUAUGCGAAAAUUGAGAUUGCAGAAGUACUUUUAAAUCAUGGAGCUGACGUUAAUGCCUAUGAUAACUACGGUGAUACACCACUGUAUUAUGAUGUUCUAGAAAAACAUGUAAAUAGAGUUAAGAUGCUUAUAGACAGAAGUGCUGACGUCACUGUUGAAACUCGAGAAGGCAAAACUCCGCUCUAUUAUGCUAUUAAAUAUGAGGAAAUGGAAAUUGCGGAGUUACUUUUAAAUCACGGAGCUAACGUUAACGCCAGUAAUAUAUACGGCAUUACACCACUGUAUCAUGCUGCUCGAAGUGGACGUGUAGAUAAUGUUAAGAUGCUUAUUGACAGAGGUGCUAUCGUCACUGCUGAAACUCGAGAUGGCACUACUCCACUUCACGAUGCGAUUGCAUUCGGGACGGAAAGUGCUGAAUUACUUUUACAUCACGGAGCUAAAGUUAAUGCCAGUGAUAAAUUAGGUGAAACACCACUGUAUCGUGCUGUUCGAACUGGAAAUGUAGAUGGUGUUAAGAUACUUAUUAACAGAGGUGCUGACGUCACUGUUGAAAAUCGAAAAGGCAAAACUCCGCUCCAUUAUGCAAUUAAAUAUGAGGAAAUGGAAAUUGCGGAGUUACUUUUAAAUCACGGAGCUAAAGUUAACGCCAGUGAUAUAUACGGUGUUACACCACUACUCCUUGCUGUUAAAAAAGGACAUGAAAAAUUUCUUGCGAUGUUUUUUCCCAGAUGUAAUAAUGUUAGUGCUAAUAUUCGGUAUGGCAAAACUUCGCUUCGUAAUGCUACUGAAUAUAAGGAAUUAGAAAUUGGCGAACUCCUCUUAAAUCAUGGAGCUACUAUUAACGCCAGUAACGAUAACGAUGUUGCAUUACUGUGGUUUGCUGUUCACAGAGGAGAUGUAGAUAUUGUUAAGAUGCUUUUGGACACAGGUGCAAAUGUUAAUGCUGAAACUCGGUACGCCACAACUCCGCUACACGACGCGGUUGAAUAUGAGGAAUUGGAAAUUGCACAGUUACUUUUAAAUUAUGGAGCAAACGUUACUGCCAGUGAUAAGACAGAUGUUACACCACUACAUCUUGCUGUUACAAAAGGACAUAAACAAUUUGUUAGGUUGUUUCUUGAUAGUGGCGCUAACUGUAAUGCUAAAACUCGGGAUGGCACAUCCCCGCUUCACCAUUCGAUUGAAUAUGAGGAAAUGGAGAUUGCAGACUUACUUUUACAUCACGGCGCUAACGUAAAUGCCACCGAUAAUUUAGGUGUUACACCACUACAUUUUGCUGUUACAAAAGGACAUAAACAAUUUGUUAAGAUGCUUAUUGACAGAGGUGCUUACGUCAAUGCUGAAACUCAAGACGGCACAACUCCUCUCCAAUAUGCAAUUAAAUAUGAGAAAAUGGAAAUUGCAGAAUUACUAUUAGAUCACGGAGCUAAUGUUAAUUCCAGUAAUGAGUCAGGUGAUACACCACUGUUUCUCGCUGUUAAAACAGGAUAUGUAGAUGGUGUUAANAUGCUUUUGGUCAGAGGUGCCAAUGUCAAUGCUGAAACUCCGGAUGGCACAACGUUGCUUCACGAUGCAGUUGAAUAUGAGAAAAUGGAGAUAGCGGAAUUACUUUUAACUGAUCAUGGAGCUAACGUUACUGCUAGUAACGAUAAAGGUGUUACACCACUGUGUCUUGCUGUUACAAAAGGACAUAAACAAUUUGUUCAGAUGUUUCUUGACUGUGGUGCUAACGUUAACGCUGAAACUCGAGAUGGCACUACUUUUCUUCAUAAUGCAAUUGAAUAUGAGAAAAUGGAGAUCGCAGAAUUACUUUUAAAUAACGGAGCUAAAGUUAACGCCAGUAACGAUAACGGUGUUACACCACUAUCUGUUGCUAUUAAAAGUGGACAUGUAGAUUGUGUUAAGAUGCUGUUGGACAGAGGUGCCAACGUUAAUGGUGAAACUCGAGAGAGAGAGAGCACAACUCCGCUAAACAAUGCGAUUGUAAAUAAGAAAAUAGAAAUUGCUAAAGUUCUUCUAAAUCGUGGAGCCAAUGUUAAUGCCAGUGAUGAGUCAGGUGUUACACCACUGUAUUUUGCUGUUCAAAGUGGACAUGUAUAUGAGGAAAUGGAGAUUGCCGAGUUACUGUUAAAUUAUGGUGCUCAUGUUAAUGCCAGUGAUAAGUCAGGUGUUACACCACUGUGUCUUGCUGCUGAAAAAGAAAAUGUAGAAGUUGUUGCGAUGUUGUUAGACAGAGGUGCGGACAUUAAUGCUAUAUCAUAUAACGAUUAUUAUGACUUUUCUCGUCGCAUCUAUUAUAAAGAAAUUGCUGAGUUUCUUACACAGCAUAUAGUUAAGAUAAAAGCUGCAAAUUUAUUUGUAAGUGAACAAUUAUUAUCAAUGUGCAGCAUUUAUAAAAUAAGAGAUUUACAGGAUGAAUGUGAAAAAGAAGUAGCAAUCAUGAAGAAUGAGAAAAUUAGUAAUACUACCAUAUCAUUUUACGAUAUCUUGAUAAAAGAUACAAAUCGAGUAGCAAUAUACAUGAGAAAUGAAAAUGUAGUGCAGGUUUUAAGAUCAGACGAGUAUAAAACAAAAUUUCCAAUAUACUCUAGCAUGAUAAAAAAUCAGUUCAGAAAAGGUAUGAAAAAGAAAGAGUUGCUCGAGCAAGGCACUAAAAUUUUCUAUUUUUUCUGUAACUUUCCUGAGCUACCACUUGAGUGUAUUGAACAAAUAUUUAGUUACCUAAGUGAUAAUGACAUAAGAAUUUUAAUAGAUACUUGUAAAUCUGUUAGUGUCAGUAAUCUUAAUAACUGAUAUUAAGAGAGUACUGGAUACCGACUAUGUAAACCGACGUUCUUUAAUCAGAUUCUGUGUCGUAUUUACUGCAUCAAAUUCAAAAUGCUUCUCCAGAAAUAAGUAAAUUGUGCUAAGAAUUGGCUGUU